AUGGGUCGGCAAAAAGGGACUGUAGAGCUGGCUCUCGAGCAGGGCCAAGUCGACCAAGUGUGUACGCAGAUGAAAGAAAUCAUGCCAGAGAAAGUUUCAGGCAAGAGCCUCGCAAAAGAAUGCCUCAGUGAUUUCGUUUGGGCUUUGAAGCCUUUGGCCUUGGCCUCGCCCUCCAUGCCAAUUCACAAUGACUCCCUGUUUGCGACCCUUCGCAAGACAGUCGGCCAGAGCGAGCCAGACGGAAAGGUUUGGUUGAUGGUGUACGAUUUGAAAGUUUUGAUGCAGUUUGCUAGGAAGACGUGGAGAAAGGCCCGUGAAUCCUUUAAGAAGGACGAGAGUUGGCCGUUGUGGGUUCGAUCGGAACCCCAUGUCUUAGAGCUCUUCGAGAUCAUGAAACCGUUUGCAGAAGAUGACAUUGGCAAAGCAUGGGGCAUUGAGACAGCAUCCCAGAUGCGGCAGAAGAUCGUGCGUGAGUUGCAAGGCAAAGUGGUUGAAAUUUUGGACGAAGAGCUUGCAGGACAGAAGCGGUUGGGCAAGGACUUGAAACCGAAAGCUGAGUGUAAGAAGAAAGCAAAAACAAACACCAGUGAGAAGGAACAAAAGGAGAAGGCAAAGUUUUUGAUGAAGAAACACAAGCGCAAGGGUCAGAACGGUCAGUUCAUGGUCUGUGCAAUCCAUGAUAAUGCAACUGGAAGGCAGGUUGCUCAGCUCAGCAGCAACACCCAGGCAGAAUGCGAAAGCAUUGUAAACAAGCUGGUGUCAGAGUUGAAUCAAGGCAAGAAGACUCUUGACGAUGUCAAAGUGGACUUGAAUACUUACAAGGGACGGGCCACACAGGGAGCACCCUCAGCUCCAUCGAGUGCAGACUCCAGAUCCGCCGUUCUUGCAUUGCUGGCCUGGGCGGUAGGUGGAGUACCUUCCUUGGAGCAACCGCUCCGAUCAGUGAUGGUUGCUUUGCCAUCAUGGCAGAGCGUGAUUGCAUAUUUUCAUGAAGCGGAAGAACGGGGAUGGAAGGGGCAGUAUACAGAUGCCAAUGGGAAGAAGAAGGUUGCAGGUGGCCCUGGUCUUAAGCAGACCCAACUCUACACUGCUGAGUUCGGUAGAGCAAUAGCUGCCUGGUGGAGAGCACAUGGUCCUGUGUCUGCCGGGAGGGAGAGGAGGCGAUGGUGUCUUGUUCAAAGCGCCGAUCUGUCAGCAGAUGCAAUCAAGGAGCGCAUUGCAAUGUACUCCAGACUCAAGCACUUUGAUUUCUCAGAGGCGAUGCUGGUAGAGGCUUUGGAAGAUCUUAGACGUUCACAUGGCUCUCAAAUGUGAGACCUGCACAAUUUACCUUUAAUAACAUUUGUCUUGCAAGUGCGACCAACUUUG